AAGAAUAAAUUAUAUCUACAUAUUAAGUUGUCGGAAGUAGUGGAUGUAUUUAUUAUAUUGUUUUGCAUUCCUUCCACUUGCACUUGUUUUGCUCCCCCAUUGUUGGGUCUCAUGUCGCAUGGACAUCGAUGAUGGGCACCACUGCCAUUUCUUGGGAACAAGAAAGAGUAGAAGUACAACAUCUCACCGUCCAAAUCUUGUAACCAAAUAGGCACAUUCCUUCCAACUCCUAACAUGAUCUCCAUGUCCAUGAGUCACAAUAAAAGAAAAGGCGAGACAACGAGCUUGAUUACUCUGCAACUUCGCCAAAACACUUGAUGAGAUUUCGUCACAACCGCUUCUAGUAGCGUAUCAGUCCAUCUUAUAGUGUUACCAGAUGAAGUGGUAUGCUGUGAGAGAUGGUUGUGAAAAUGACAAUUCUUUAGAAGUUGUGACAAGAUCGGUCCUCCAAAACACUCUUGUAAACGGAGUUGCCAAACCUCGCGUCGCAAUAAAUUAAAGUCCCAACUGAUUUAUUGUGGUAGGUUGGAUUGACCUUAAGAAAAUCGAUUAAAUGCUCUAUAUUAAUCAAUGUUGUAGUGGGCGAAAUUAGUUUUAUUAGGUGAGAUUACCCUUCUUUCAAUAAAUUCAUCCAUUAGUACUCUGUCUGAAAGUGUCUCAGAAAACCUGAGUUGCUCUUUAUUGAAUAUAUAUUUAUAUACAACAGUAGAUGUAACAGAAGGGCAAAUCCGUCGCAGAGGAUUGCUGAAACUAAAAAAAACCAACCGAUAAAACAUGGCUACAAGAACGCUCCAAACCACCUUGAUGAUGAGCUUGGCAUGGCUACUCUUCAUCAUCACCACGUCCGCCGCGGCCGACGAUCAGUCCCCGCCGGUCCUAGACACGGACGGGCAGCCCGUGAUGCGCGGAACAGACUACCACAUCCUGCCGGCCGCCGCCGCGCCCGACCCAGCAGGCGGGCUGACCCUGGCUUCGCUGCCCAGCCCAAACCGCUGUCCGCUCUACGUCGCCCAGGAGCCCCCGGAAGCGGAGCCGUCCGAGGGGCACCCGGUUCACUUCUCCCCCGUGACGGCGGACGAGAACGUCGUCAGAGAAGCGAGGGACGUGGUUGCUACAUUCUCCGUCGCCACGACCUGCGCGAGGUCCACGUCGUGGAGGAUCGGCGUGGAGGAUGGGGAGACCGGGAGGAGGUUCGUCGCGACGGAAGGGCUGCCGUCGUACUUCAGGAUCGACGCGACGGCGACCGGCGGCGCGUACCAGAUCGCGAGCUGCGACGACGGGCCUGGGUGCGGAGCUGCCGGCAUUUUGAUGAGGGAAGGUGGUAGGUUCCUGGCUCUGGAUGGCCCCGCUUUUCCCUUCCGCUUCAAGAGGGUUUAGAGGAGUAAUUAGUAAUGGUGCAUAAUAAUCUCUGAUUAUGCAACAAUACAUAAUGUUGUUAAUCAUGGGUGGUACGACACAUUACCAUGGUGGUAUACUGGUAUUGUUUCGUACUAUAUAAUGGUAUGAUGAUAUCUCGUAUAGUCAGUGGCCGGAUCCAGAAAUUUUUCAUAGGGGUGUCCUCUUUUAAAAAAUAAAUUAAAUAAAAUAAAAAUAAUUAAUAAAAAUAAAAUUAUAAAUAUGAAAAUACCUUAUUCGUAUAGGUUAAAAAAGUCCAUGAUAUGUUUUCAUAUUCCGAAAUAAUUGUAGAAUACACUUGAUGUCUAUAGUGUUAAAAAAAUUGUCUCUAUAUACACUACUAGACAAUCAUUCACGAACUUAUCGCAUAUUCGAUUUGUAAACUUGUUCUUGAUGUAACCCAAACUGAAAAACUCUUUCAACACUUGCCAUACAAUCAUAAAAUCAAUACGAAUUAAGGGUAGUUUGAAAUAGUUUAAUUGUUAGAUUUUUAAAAUAAUUAGAGAUAGGGAAUGUCAUUUUACUCACAUUGUUCAAAAUCGAACAACAAAUGAGUUUAGCUCAACGGAAAUUAGGUUAUUAAUAAUAAUAGUGUUCUAGAUUUGAAUUAUCCAACCUACCACUUAUAUUCCUAUACACAAAUGACAUAAAGACAAUCAUUUUUUUAAAUUUAAGGGGUGUCCCUCACUAUCAAUUUUUUUUUGUCCAUACGUAAAUUAUUACCGGGGUUGGACAAUCGUUUUCCCAAAAUUUAGGGGUGUCCGGGGACAUCCCUAAACCCCCCUGGGUCCGCCCAUGCGUAUAGUAAUAAGAUGGGUUAAUUGCAUGGUUGGUUAUUGAGAUUAAAAAAACGUUCAAGUUUGGUCACUCGAAAUAUUUUAACCUGAUUGGGACUCGUACGUCUCGACCUCAUCUCCUCCGAUUCUGACUCCGACAAGGAGCCAUGAUGCUACUCGCUUCCCAGGGGAGUUGAUGCGGUGAAGGAGUACACCAGCGAGAACGAAGGAGGGAAGAAGGGGGUCUCGACGGGGCGGAAACUAAGGAGGAACCCGAGGCGGCGGAGGUUGGUAAGUGAGGUGUCGACCGACGGCGGCCGAGAGUGAAGGGGGGUCGGGAGCGGAGAAAGCGAGAACGGCGGGGGGGGGGGGGGGAGGAGGCUUAAUUUCUCUUAGAAGAAAUUAUGAUUUUUUAUUUAUUUUAAAUAAAAAGGAUAAUGAGGUGGAAAUGAGAUGACUGUUUUAAAAAAAUUAUUAUUUUUAAAUUGCCACUCACACAUUUAACGGUCAACUUUUAGCGUUGACCGCCACGUAAGCAAAAGUUCACGAAGUUGAACGGAGAGUGACCAAACGUGAACGGUUUCAAUAAACUGAAGUACCACCAAUGAAUUUAUAUAUUCCGAGUGACCAAAUUUGAACGUGCAAUUAACCCAACAUUAUUAUUAUUGUUGUUCCCAUACUUGUAGCAAUCUCUGCAUACAAGUGAAAUGAAUUGCCAUCAUGGGUAGAGGUGGUCUAAAGGAGUAAUGGAACUCCCCUUCUUGCGACAGAAGCUCAAAAUGUGAGACAUUGGUACUCAUGAGAGAUCAUUUGAUCUUCUUAUCUAGUGGGGGAAAAAAAGACACGUCUGUGUUCUUCAGCCCUUCACAAGAUGCAUCGGAAAUGAAGACAAAAACGAUGAUCUGAGAUGCUUAUGGGCCUUCUUAUUCCUGACUCUGUUUUGUAUGGGCCCAUUUAGAAAUAGUAUUUGGACCUAACCUCCCAUGGGAGCUAUUCAGAGAUAAGGGGCCUGAGGCACUAAGAAGAAAGACCAUUGAGCACGAGGGGGAGAGAACUCUAGAUUAUAGAAGGAUUUUAUACAAUGUAAAAAACCAAUUAAUUCAAUAAUUUGAUUUGUUAAAAAAUGUAAUAUAUCGUUUAUUAACAAUUUGUGCUAUAUUGGUUGAAUCCGUUUAAGAAAAUUUACUUUGAAGA